AUGGUGGCCGACCCGAAAGUCGCCGAAGCGGCGCCGACUUCUCAGGACUUCCCCUUGCAUCUUAACAACGGUAGAGGACUCACUGCCAAGUUCGAGGAAUACGACUGCGCCGUUCUCACGUUUAACGCUCCUUGCUUGGGACUCGGCCUCAACGAUUUGUUGAAGGCAUCGGGGCAGAAGAUCAGGACAUUAAUCCGGCACGCUGACCCGCAGACAGUGAAGGAGUGGCACCGCGAUGAGGCGAUCCGCGUGCUGAAGUUUUUCCGGGCGACAGUUCUGGCCAAGCUGCGGCGCGAUGGUAGUAAAUGGGAGUGGGCGAAGCUGUCCAAAGAAGAGGUGCAGGAGAGGCUCGCCGGCUGCGAUCAACCCCUUCGAGAUGUGAGCACUGAACGAUUUACCGUCCUAUGCGGCCCCGUUGCCGCCCUUUCUGGCCCCUCGCGGCCCCUUUGCCGCCCUCCCGCCGCCCUUCACUGCGGCCCCGUUGCCCUUCGCGUCGGCCCCGCCACCCUUCGCUGCGGCCCCGCCGCCCUUCGCUGCGGCCCUGCCGCCCGUCACUGCGGCCCCGCCGCCCUUCGCUGCGGCCCCGCCGCCCUUCACUGCGGCCCCGUCGCCCUUCGCUGCGGCCCCGCCACCCUCAGCUGCGGCCCCGUCGCCGCCCUCACCUGCGGCCCAUCGCCACCCUCAUCUGCGGCCCCGUCGCCGCCCUCACCUGCGGCCCGUCGCCGCCCUCACUUGCGGCUCAUCGCCGCCCUCACCUGCGGCCCUGACGCCGCCCUCAGCUUCGGCCCCGUCGCCACCCUCACUUGCAGCCCGUCGCCGCCCUCGGUUGUGUUAAGAUACAAGCUUGGUAGGGAAUAG